GUAUAGUUCAGAGGGUACUGCGGUAUAUGUUAUCGAUAAGUCCGCGGUCACACAGCCAACAACAAACAAAACGUAAUUUCCAACACAAAAUAAAUUGAAUAACAAAAUCCACAAAUAAAACAAGCAUGGCAGAUGCCAAUGCAUAUGAAUCAGUUAUAUUGCCGGCUAUUGCCAAAAGAGUGCAAAAUAUUGGCGACUUAGCUUUGUGGCAGCGUUCCCGCGCCUACCAUGAUCUGAUUGGAUACAUCAAUGGCACCAGUUCGGCCAUACAGGGCAUCAAGUCCACCGACGCCAUGUACGAGUCGGAUAUGCUGCGCAAAUUGUUGCGCAUCUUCGAGCUGCUGGAGAAGCUGGUGGAAAAAUAUCCGCCCUUGGACCAGCCGCAGCGCUUUGGCAACAAGGCCUACCGGGACUGGGCCAGGGACAUGCGAGAACAGUUGCCGGAGCUGCUGGGCCAACUCCUGCCGCCCAGCAAGCAAAAGUACUUGAACGAGCUGCAGCAGUAUCUGACGGAGGCCUUUGGCAAUGCCACGCGCAUCGAUUAUGGCACUGGCCACGAGCUCUCGUUUAUGUUUUUCCUCUGCGCUCUGUUCAAGGCCGAGAUACUGGACGAGCAGGAUAUUGUGAGUGCUGCGCUGCGUCUGUUCAAACGCUACCUGGAGUUUGCCAGGCAAUUGCAGCGCACAUACAACAUGGAACCAGCUGGCAGUCAGGGUGUCUGGUCGCUGGACGAUUACCAAUUCGUUCCUUUCAUUUGGGGCAGUGCACAACUCUCGGUUCGAAGUCCCUUUGAUCCGUGCAAAUUUGUGGAUGAGCAGAUCAUCAGCGACUACAAGGAUCAGUACAUGUUCAUCAGCUGCAUUGAUUACAUCUGCAAGGUGAAGACAGGGCACUUUGGCGAGCACUCCAAUCAGCUGUGGAGCAUUUCGGAUGUGCCCUCGUGGGUGAAGAUCAACAUGGGUCUGGUCAAAAUGUAUCAAAAGGAGAUCCUCUCAAAGUUCCCGGUCAUUCAGCACGUUUUCUUUGGCGAUCUGAUGUCUUUUGAGACGGUUACAGCUGGCACAACUAUCACUAGCGCCCGCCUGGGUCAUGUGGCGCCACCGCCGUCAAAGCGUAAAUGCAUAGUGCCAACAUUGGUGCCACAAGCGCCACAGACACAAGCACCACCGCCGCCCAUCGAGGCUCUAGCGGGCGAUCAGAAUGCCGGCGAUUCGAGCAGUGAGAGCAGCGACAGCAGCGUUGUGCUACGUCCAUCGGCAUCGGCCAGCUCAGCCUCGCUGGUGGCCGCCGCCGCUGAGGGCUCCGGUGACAAUUUAAAUGAAAUACCCAAGGAACCGGCCGCCGAGUAAUAGUUUAAUGAUCCAAGAUCCUACCUGUGUUACAAAAUCUCUAAUUAAUAGCGUUGCCAUUUACUCCAAAAUAAAUUGCUUAUAAAUGUGA